AUGACAGAGAUAACAGCAGGAAUCUUCGAUAACUACAAUGGAAUCGACAUUCAAAUUUUCACAAUUCAAUCGAAAAAUAUCGUCGCUAAUGUCUUAACUUACGGCGCUUUGCUUCAAUCUCUGUUCGUUCCCGACAAAAACGGAGCAUUUGAUGAUGUCACGACUGGAUUUGACAACAUAGAGGACUACAACAACAAAGGGAGGAAGGAUGGGUCGAUUAUGGGGAGAUAUGCGGGGAGAAUUUCCAAUGCCAGUUUUUCGCUGAAUGAUCAAGAAUACGAGUUAUUCAAAAUCAACGGCGAUCCACCAAAACACUCCAUUCACGGGGGCCAGUUCGGAUUCCACACUAAAAUCUGGACGCCGAAAAUCAUCACCAAUGGAGUUGAACUGACCUACAUCUCUGAAGACAUGGAAGAAGGCUAUCCUGGAACGCUGACUGUUACAAUCACUUACGAAGUCGUCGAAAACGAGUUAAAAAUAACCUACAAAGCUGUAACGGACAAAGAUACAGUGAUAAACCUAACGAAUCAUGCGUAUUUCAACCUCGAUGGUCAUUCAAACUGGGGAAAGCUCAAUCGUCAUGAAAUAAGAAUUCCUUCCGAUUUUGUGCUGGAAACAGAUGACGAGUCGAUUCCGACAGGGGAGUUUAUUGAUGUUUCAAGAACUGCUUUUGAUUUGAGAAAUGGGGUGUUGCUGACUGAUCAAAUUCUUGGCUUCGUCCCUGGGAGCAACGGAUACGACCAUACAUAUGUGCUGAAAACCGAAGCGUCAAGCGUUGAAAAACUCGCUGCUCGGGUGGAAUCAUUCUCAUCCGGCCGCGUGAUGGAAGUUUACACGACCCAACCAUCGGUUCAAUUUUAUACGGCGAAUAUUUUCACCGGUCAAGUUGGCAAAGAAGGAGUUGUUUAUGAAAAACAGUCUUGUCUGGCGCUUGAAACUCAGUUCUUUCCAGACUCGCCAAAUCGACCAGAAUUUCCCUCAACUGUUCUGACUCCUGAUUCAGAAUUCUUUGAAACUGCAAGAUUUGUGUUCUUCUGA